AUGUUACUGAGGGUCAAAUUACUAAAUUUGAAUAAAAUAGAUGUUGUAUCAAAAAUACGUAGUAAAAGAAAUUAUAAAAUACGUAACGAUAAUGAAAAAUCAAAAGUGGUUUGUUAUAAUAAUACCAUAAGAAUAAAGAAAAAAAAAUGUCAACUUCUUGCUGAUGGUUAUAAUUCUGAUGUGAUUAUUCAAGCAGGAGAUGGAAAAGAUGUUCAAGAAUUUCGUGUACAUUCACUUAUUCUGAGGGUCAUAAAUUUUGAUUCUUUGGAUGGAAUUAUAAUCUUACAAAUCUUAAUUGCCGCUGAUGAAUUAAACUUAGAUCGUCUUCUAAAUCGUGUUAAUGAUUACUUGAUCAGUAAACAUGCCGAAUUCAUAAGAAAAGAUCCUGGCCAAAUACUUCAAAUCACCUUUAAAUAUGAGUCUUGUUCAAAAUUGAGAGAUUAUUGCCUUAAAACAAUUAGUGAAUCUCCGGAAAUACUUUUUAGUUCGCCGGAUUUUCUAUCUUUGGAUAAGUCAAUCUUUCUCCUUCUGCUUGAACGUGACGAAUUAAAAAUGGAAAAUAUAGAUAUCUGGAAAUAUAUGUUAACGUGGGGCGCUUCUCAAAUAUCAAAUACUUUUACUAUAAAUGAUGUAUCACAUGAUAUUUCUCGGUUAAAAGAUUUACUUCAAAAUAUCGAUAUUUUUUCGUUAAAAAAUUUACUUCAAGAUUUAAUUCCAUUAAUUAAAUGGCUCGAAAUUUCAUCUGCUGCAUUUUGGCAAAACGUUGUUCCUUUCAAAGAAUUAUUUCCGGAUGAUCUUUUCUGGGCUAUCAUAGGUUGUCAUCUUGAUCCUACUGAUGAAUCUGUCUUAAAAUCAUUACCUCAAAGAUGUUUACAAAGUCUACCAUUAUUGGAUUCCGUGAUCUUUGAUUCAAAACAUUUUUCGAUCAUCACAAAUUGGAUUAAAAAACAAGAUAUGGAUCAUUUCGAAAAAAAAAACCUUACUUAUUCAUUCUCACGUUUACUUCGUGCUUCUCGAGAUGGUUCUCCUCUUUAG